UCACAGCCGGCGGUUAUCGAGCGACACUUUUUCCUUGCAAAACAUGGUGAGCAUUUAUGGAGCGCUACGUGUUUCCUUCACACGGCGUCAGGAGCCUUGCACGCAUCGCCUCCUGUCUCAUUACAACCCUGGCGGGGGAGGGGCCGCCGCCUCCAUCGCAGAGACAGGGACUCUGCAACACAGAGAGGUUCAGUGACUUGCCUAAGAACACACAGCCAGCAGGCGCCGAGACGGCCCACGGCGGGAAGCACUGGUCAAGUCACCAGCAAAUUACGGCGGAGACUAACCGUCUGCGUGUGAGCGCGGAUUUGGGGUAGAUUGGGUAAACUUCUGGUCUUGAGCAGGUCGAGGCGCAGGACGGGCGAGGGUCUGCCUCUGUUGCCGCACGGAGAACACGACCCGUGGGGGACGGCGUAGGUCCGCCGCGUGCCCUGUAAACGACCCCGUGCCUUUCCCGCGCCUCUAAAAGGGUUAAAGAGAGAACCGUGGUCGCGCUUAUCUGGGGGCACGCGGGUGUGGUUGAUUUCCUCUUUCCAUCCUCGAAUCGCCUCCUUCCUUCGGGCAAACAAGGCUCGGCUCGACGCAGGGCUUACGGCUCGCGGUCCGUUUUCCGUUUAUGAACGUUUGCUCUGCUUUUGAGGGCGCUGGCAGGCAGCACCCGGUCGCCGCGGACACGCGUGCCUGUCCGGUCGGCCGGCUGUUCUGGACGGACUGGUGUUAGGACCCAGGAAGGACGCAGCAGCCAGGAGUAUAAAUAGAGAAGCAGAACGAAGUUUGAGGAGAGAGCCUGACAUCAUUCCCUCUCCACCCAGAGCUGGGGCCGGACGGGGCGUCAGCCUGAGUCAGAGCGGGAGCUGGGCAGCGGGGCGGGCGGGAGCUCGGGGACGACCUUCGGAGCCGUCCAGCUCCGCCCGCGUCCAGGUGAGAGACGAGGGUCCGAGGGUCCGACUGCCAGCCUGGCUGCAGACAGACAAAGACUCCGGAAAGGAAAGCAAACACGGACGGCCCCGCGGGGCUCUGUGAGCUGCGGCCAGUUGGGGACCGUCCUGGAAGGGCGCCGAUCGCUGAGAACGCUCAGGUUUGGGGACGAGGAGGAAAACAGCCGCCGGCUCUUCGGGACGGCUGCGUUUCACGCGCUAAAGAGAACCAGAUUUCUUGCUUUCCGGACCCUGUGAAAAUGUCCCUUUCCCAGGGAAGUGAAAGUUAGGGAGCACACGUUGUCACGGACGCUCAGGAAUUGCACUCGGAUCGCCUUUCAGCCUCCGAGAAGCCAUGAGGAAGCUGCUGUGUCUGUGCUGGGGGCACCCCUGGCUGCUGCUGUUUUAUUGCGAUUUUCAGGUGCGGACAGUCUACUCCAGGUCAGUGGCCCAUCCAGGGUUUGAGGUCUUGGCUUCUGCUUCCCAUUACUGGCCGCUGGAAACUGUGGACGGGAUCCACGAACUUCAAGACACGACUGGAGACAUCAUGGAAGGAAAAGUCAGCAAGGGUGUUUACCUCAGAGAGGAGAAGGGAGUGACCCUUCUCUACUACGGCCAGUACAACACAUCCUGCAUCAGCAACCCGGCAAAGUGCGACCCCGACGGGGUCACGUUUUCUUUUUUCUGGAAGACGCACGGAGAGCAGUCCAGACCGAGCCCUUCGGCAUACGGGGGACAGGUCAUUUCUGAAGGGUUCAAGGUCUGCUCCAGUGGCGGCAAGGGCUCCGUGGAGCUGUACACGCGGGAGAACGCCAAGACGUGGGAGGCCACCUUCAGCCCGCCAGGUCCCUACUGGACUCAUGUCUUGUUUACAUGGAAAUCCAAGGAGGGCCUGAAAGUCUAUGUCAAUGGGACCCUGAGCACCUCCGACCCAAGCGGCAAAGUGUCUCAUGCCUACGGGGAGCCCAGCGUCAACCUCGUGAUCGGGUCUGAGCGGGACCAGACCAAGCGUUAUGAGGUCGGAGCUUUCGAUGAGUUCAUCAUCUGGGAACGGGCCCUGACCCCGGACGAGAUCGCGAUGUACUUCACAGCUGCCGUUGGAAAGCAUGCUUUGUUGUCUUCGACGCCACCAAGCUUCUUCAUGACACCCCCAGCCAGCACUGUGCUGCCCACCAACGCCUACCACCCUAUCAUAACCAACUUGACGGAGAAGAGAAAAAACCUCCAGAGUCCAGCAACGGUACUGAGUUACCUGCGAAACGUGUCCCUCAACUUACCCAGCAAGUCCCUCUCCCAGGAAACAGCGCUGAACCUCACCAAGGCUUUCUUAAAAACCAUGGGAGAGGUUCUUCAACUGCCCAGUUGGAUUGAUGUGUCAGAGGACAACGCCAUCGUGCUGGGCUUGAUAGAGACCGUCGACACCGUCAUGGGCCACAUCUCUUCCAACGUGCAUGCCAGCGACCCCCAGGUCACCAUCAUUGGCUCUUCCUCCAUGGCAGAGUUCUCUGUGGCCAAACUCCUACCCGAGGCCAUAAAUUCCUCCCACUACCGCUUCCCGGCUCAGGGGCAGAGCUACAUCGAGGUUCCCCACGAGGCUUUCUGCAGCCAAGCCUGGACCACCAUCGUGGGCCUUCUCUACCACACGAUGCACAAUUACCUGGACAACAUCUGGCCAGCCAAGACCAAGAUUGCUGAGGCAGCAAAUUACAAAACCCACCCGCUGUCUGCAGCCAGCUACCUGAUUUCCCUGGAGGUGUCCCCACCGCCGACACUGUCCCAGAACUUGUCAGGAUCUCCUCUCGUCACGGUCCAGCUCAGGCACAGACUGUCCCGCCGGCAGCGCAGCGAGGCCACCAACAGCAGCAACCAGGUCUUCCUGUAUUGUGCCUUUCUGGACUUCAGCUCCGGAGAAGGGGUCUGGUCCAACCAGGGCUGCGUGCUCGCCGGAGGGAACCUCAGCUACUCCGUCUGCCGCUGCACUCACCUCACCAACUUCGCCAUCCUGAUGCAGGUGGUCCCGCUGGAGGUGAGAGCCAGGCGCCCGGGUGCCCGGACCCGAGCAAGUGCCUUCCUACCCCAGGCCGCGGGCGGCUGGGGCGAGUCACCUGCCAGAGUCUCGGGCGGGGGGUUUCCGCCGCAGCGGGGUGGACGGCAGCCUCCACCCGUCAGGGAGACCAGCACGGGGACGUCCUCGGCUGUAACCAGGGCGCACGAGUGUCCGGAGAAGGCGUGA